UGGUCUCCAUCAACCGUCUCCACCCCCUUCAACUCCCUAUAUAAACUACCAACCUCCAUAGCUUCUGCCACCCCACCAGCAGUGUUCCAAUUUCUUUCUGCCUCCACAAAUUUUCCCAUCUUCUAAAUACCUAACUUUCUUGGGAAAAUUUCGUUUUUUUCUUCCACCAAACAGGAAAAUCUACGAUGGAGGCAUUGAAGGUGAGAGUAUUUGUGGCCAUUGUGGUUGUUCUCAUGGCGGUUUCUGCUGUUCAGAAUGUGGCUGCUCAGGAAGGCCCAGCUCCUAGCCCUGCCUCUGAUGCCACUGUUUUUGUACCAACUGUUUUCGCAUCUCUUGCAGCUUUUGCUUUUGGGCUCCUCAUCUAAAUGGGUCUUGAAGAAAUUCUUAAAUUUUGAAUUUUGAAAGCGUAAAUUCUGAGUUCUUUGCCUCAGGCUCUUUCUUGUCCCACGAUUACAUUUUGAGUCUUUGAUAGGCUAAUGGGAUUGUAAUUGUGGGGCAGAAAGAGGCUGCGAGACGUUUGCUUCUUUUGAAUUUUCAUUUAUCAUGAUGUUUAUGAAUAUUUCUUUAUUUGUAUAAUUGAUGUGACUUGGUAUUUUUUUGUACAAUUCUUGUGAUUUUGCUUA